UAGGGGUGGGGCUAAGAGGCGGCAGUGGGCCAUGGGCGUCGCGCGGGUGUGACGUCAUGGGGGCAUGGGAGCACGCGGCGGGAUGCUGGCGGGGCGCGCGCGGCCGCUCGUCAGCCGGGCGGGGCCGCGUGUCAUGGUGGCCGGGCUGGGCAACUACGGGCUGUGGGGGACCCGGCACAGCGUGGGCAUGGCGGUGCUGGACCGGCUGGCCCGGCAGCUGGCGGCGGCCGAGAGCUGGCGAGCGGACGGGCGGUGCUGCGCCGACGUGGCCCUGACCGCGGCACAGGGGCUGCAGCUGGUGCUGCUCAAGCCGCGGAGGCUCAUGAACCUCAACGGGCUCAGCGUGGCCAGUGCUGGUGAGCAGCUCGUCACCCCUGUGCCACCAGGCCCUGUGACAGCCCCGCUGUCCCCUGCCCAGCGCAGGUCACUGCAGACAUCUACCUGGUUCACGAUGACCUGGACAAGGCCCUGGGCAAGGUGGCGGUCAAGCUGGGAGGCAGCGCAAGCCUGGCGGUGUUUUCAGCCCCAGCCCUGGGCCUGGUCCCGGUUGCAGAGGCAACAGCUGGCUGUUUGGGCAGCCUCCCGGAUCCUGCCCUGGCAGGAAGGGCAGGGAGCCUCCUGGAAGCGGCUGUGGGCUGGAUCCAGCCCAUCAGAUGCACCACGUGGGCUUUUUAUAGCGCUCUGCUUGCUCCAGCACCAGCUCCUGGGGGACACAAUGGCGUCCGAUCCUGCAUCAGCGCUCUGCAAUCCAAUGAGAUGACCCGGCUCAGGGUUGGUAUCGGGCGGCCAGAGGGUGACGUGACGGUGUCCAGCUAUGUCCUGGCUCCGUUCAGCGCUGGGGAGCAGGAGAGGCUGGAGCAGGUCCUGGCGCAGGCAGCGACGUUCCUGCUGGAGCACGUCCUGCAGAGAGCACCCGUGAGGGACCCAGGGGACGGGCUGACGUGAACCCCCGGGAGCUGUCCGGGGCGACCGUGGUGCAGAACAGAGCCAGCCCUGCAGAGGAGCCUGGCCGGGAGCUGGGGCAGCCCUGUCUGUCCCCACACAGAUCCAAGCAGCUCCUCAAACCCCUGUGGUGGGUUUGUGUGGCGAUUUGGCACAGAAAUUAAAUAAACACUCACUGCUGGCUCUA